CAGUAGACUUCAGGCGGGAAGCCACUUGAGUGGUUCGAAAGCUGCCGCAAAAAGACAAAAACAACCGUCCCAUCAUCAUACAGAUACAGUUGGUGACGUGGCAUAAAGGCGAAAACAGUUCUGCGGAAGGCACAGAGAGAGAGAGAGAGAGAGAGAGAGAGAGAGAGAGAGAGAAUCAAGGGAUAGAUACAAAGCGAGAAAAUACGUACUCCAUAAUCGUACACAUUGGAGAGAGAGAGAGCGCUGCAAAUCUCUUUUUUGUGUUCUCUGGUUUUAUCUUUCGGUAGCUUUUCAAUAAUCCAAAAACCUAGCCGCUGUCGAGUUCUUCAAUCGGCUUCUUCUCUUCUCUCUCGGAGCUAAAUCGACCUCAGGUUGGAAUUGCUUUCUGCGUUUAGAGCCGAACUUGAAGUGAUGUUGAUGAUGGGCGAAAUCUCAAUGAAAGUUUUUUCAAUCUUCCUGUGCAGCUUUUAUAGCAUCGAAAUGGGAUUCACGCAGCACCAGGGCCAUACCUGAUGCUAGGGCCAUACCUGAUGCUAUAGUUUGAAUGGCUGAUAUACAGAGGGUUAGUCUUGGUGAGAGGGAUGUCGAGCAGGCCAUUACAGCCUUAAAGAGAGGAGCAUAUCUGCUUAAGUAUGGACGCAGAGGGAAACCAAAGUUUUGUCCAUUCCGGCUUUCCAAUGAUGAAACAGCACUGAUAUGGUACGAUGGGAAAGAGGAGAAACAGCUUAAACUGAAUCAUGUUUCAAGGAUUAUACCUGGACAGCGUACUGCGAUCUUUCAACGGUAUCCUCGGCCUGAGAAGGAAUAUCAGUCAUUUUCUCUUGCAUACGGCAAUAGGUCAUUGGAUUUGAUCUGCAAAGAUAAGGAUGAAGCUGAAAUCUGGUUUGUUGCCCUGAGGGCAUUAAUUUCACGGGGUCACUAUAAAAAAUGGAGAAAUGAAGCAAGUAGUGAUAGCGCAUCUAGUUCAAGUGCUCACACACAAAGGAACUCUCCACUUUUCUCAAGUUGCAGCAGUGACACAGUUCUUAAGGAUCAAGGGAUAAAUGAAGCAGAUAAAAAAAAUCCGGUUCCUUUCGACAAUCCCCCGCAGAAACUAUUGGGAAGAGCAUUUUCUGAUGUCUUAACCUAUAGUGAUGCACAGUGUUACCCACAAACACAGUCUGUUACCAGUUCUCUAAGCUCACUAUCAUCUGUGGGAUUGGAUACCAUUGAUGGUAGGGGUUCUGCGGAUAAUAUUCGACUCAGUUUGUCGAGUGCAGUAAGUUCAUCAAGCCAGGGAUCUUCUCUUGAGGAUUUGGAUGCUAUAGGCGAUGUUCUUAUUUGGGGAGAAGAAAUUGGUAAUGGAAUGCUAGGUGGAGGUGUUUAUAGAAAUGGAAUAUUGCCUCAAGUCCGAAUGGAUGCUCUGCUGCCAAAAACUCUGGAUUCAGCAACAAUGCUUGAUGUCCGAAAUAUCGCUUGUGGGAGUAAACAUGCUGUAUUAGUCACCAAGCAGGGGGAGAUCUUUAGUUGGGGAGAGGGGUUAGGUGGCAAGCUUGGGCAUGGAGCACAAGUUGAUGUUUCUAACCCAAUGCUCAUCACCACUCUUAGCGGAUCGAACACUGAUUUGGUAGCCUGUGGAGAGUAUCACACUUGUGCUGUUACAGUAUCUGGAGAUUUUUAUACUUGGGGAGAUGGUACCCACAAUUUUGGCCUUCUAGGGCAUGGGAGUGAGGUCGGUUGCUGGACCCCUAGAAAAGUAAGCGGUCCGAUGGAAGGUAUGCAUGUAAAAUCCAUCUCUUGUGGACCAUGGCAUACAGCAGCUGUUACUAUGGGAGGGCAGUUGUUUACCUUUGGACAAGGAACAUUUGGUGCCCUGGGUCAUGGAGAUCGCAAUAGUUCAAGUACACCCAGAGAAGUUAUUACUCUUAAAGGGCUACACACUGUGAAGGUUUCUUGUGGUUUCUGGCACACUGCUGCUGUGGUGGAAGUUAUUGAAGAACCAGCAAGUUCAGGCAGCUCAACCAAAAAGCUGUUUACUUGGGGAGAUGGGGAUAAAGGCCAACUUGGACAUGGCGAUAAAGAAUCUAGACUUGUUCCAUCUUGCAUAGCAUUUUUUCCAGAAAACACAAACUUUUGUCAAGUGGCAUGUGGUCAUAGCAUCACUAUUGCCCUUGCAACCUCAGGGCGAGUGUAUACAAUGGGUAGUGCUGAUUAUGGACAACUUGGGAAUCCCAGAAGUGGUGAUAAGAUUCCCACUUGUGUUGAAGGUAAAAUCAGGAACAAUUUCAUUGAAGAGAUAUCAUGUGGUUCUCAUCAUGUUGCAGUUUUGAGUUCUAAAUAUGAGGUUUACACUUGGGGAAAGGGAUCUAAUGGUCAAUUAGGUCACGGGGACAAUAAUGACAGAGACACCCCCACUCUCGUUGAAGCUUUACAAGACAAACGCGUAAAGAAUGUAGUUUGUGGAUCUAAUUUCACUGCUGCCAUUUGUUUGCAUAAAUGGAUCUGCCAUGCUGAUAUUUCUCUAUGUUCUGGUUGUCGUAGUCCUUUUAAUUUCAGACGAAAGCGCCAUAAUUGCUACAAUUGUGGCCUUGUUUUUUGCAAACCCUGUUGUAGUCGAAAAUCUCUUAGGGCUUCUUUGGCUCCAAAUAUCAAAAAGCCUUACCGCGUUUGUGAUGCUUGCUUUACAAAGCUAAAGAUAACUAUGGCAUCGGGAUCCACAUUUAUAAUUCCCAGAAUUCCAAGUGGAAAUAUACAUCAGAAUUGCAGUGGGGUAGAAGAGAAGGAGAUCCUUGAAACUAAACCACGCGGCCUACUUUCCAGACUCUCCUCAUUUGAUUCAUUAAAACGAGCUAGUAGCCGAAGUUCCAAACAGGAUAGAAAAACACACUCAAACAAUGGUCAUACCCCUCCAAUAGACGCUGGCAGUGUCCAAUGUGGAAGCUCUUAUACAUCCAAUGCUUCUCUCCCUGGUUCAAGAGCAUAUUCUCGAGCAGCAUCUCCAGUCUCCAGAAGUUCAAGCCCUCCUCAUUCGGUGUCACUUGGAUCAGCAUAUUCUUCUCUUUCAUGCCCUGAAGCCAUUGUUGAUGAUUUAAAGCAAAAAAAUGAUGGCUUAAAGGAAGAAAUAGCAAUAUUAAGCUCGCAGGUAGAGGAUCUUACUCACAAAUCCGAACAUCUUGAAGUGGAGCUUGAAAUAACUUCAAGGCAUUUGAACGAGGCAAGUAAACUAGCAAGGGAGGAAGCAGAGAGAAACAAAGCUGCAAUAGAAGUAAUCAAAUCUCUAACCAGACAGUUGAAAGAUAUGGCUGAAAGAGUGCGUCAAGAUUCUUAUCUGUAUGCAAAAUCAAAUUCUCUUGUUGGAACCACUUCAACUACUCUCGAGUCCAUCAUCUAUUCGGAGUCAUUGGACUAGCAAUACGUUUACUAUCCUUACUUUAUCCUUUUCUCGGUGGCCACAUUGAGUUCCAUUUUUCUUCGAAGGAUCCAUGGGCCAAUCAGAAAAAUCAUAGUAAGUUUUAGACCGUGAAAGUGGAGCCCACACAACUCUUUUCUCUCCGCUAGUUUCCAGGGCCUGGCUAUGAUCGCAGAUGGGAUUGCUUCAGUUGAAUGCUUUUUAACAUCCACAGUUAAACACUUGAAUCAGACACAAGCCGGGAAAGAUGAUAGGCUGAGAACAAGAUUCAGCCCAUUGCAUAGAGCAACAUCAGCUGGUGCAGCUUCAUGAGGAAUGGAAGCUGAUCAAUAGGUAAUUCUUGUUUGUAAAAGAAGCUGGGAAAAAAAAAAAAAGCAGAACAGAAGGUUACUUUUAACUCAAUUUUGAUCAUUUUAUUGAUCUAGCAUUACACGACGGAUUGGGUAGACUAGUGCUCAGCUGGUAAAAAGCCAAGAAAGUUAGCCGGUAAGCAAAUGAGGUAGGUAGAUAGAAAACUGAAAAUCACGCACAUAUUGUGCCACCUUUGGUGAGCUCCGCAGUUGUACAUAUUUUUUUGCUCCAAAUGCUAGGUUUUCAUUCGUGAUGGAUUGUCGCUUUAUAUUUGUCCUCUCUCGUCAUGAAAAAAAAAAAAGAUGAGUUCCUACGGCAUUUGAAAU